CCUUUGUCCUCUACUGUCUGUUCAGGCUGAAAGACGGAAGUAUAUGUACGAAGGACAAGCAUGGGUACUCGAGUUGCUGCGCGUCAGGCUCUCAGGUGGAUUGUGAGAAAUCCCUCCUCCUCUGUCUUCAACCCACUUCGGUUUGGGAGAAGCCACCUCCGUCCUCUGUGCACCGGGUGCAGACUGUUCUGUUCCCCCACCAGCCAGAGCACUCUGCAGCCAACGCAACACAACCAUGACCUCCCCUGUAAGCCAGUGGCAGAACUGUCCCUACACUCCCUGCUGGAUAUGGGAUUCACAGACACCCAGGCAGAGCAGAUCUGUGAAGCCGUGUCCAAACUCCGAGGAGGAAAUGCUGCCAAACAUGCUCUGUCAACUCUCACAGCUCUGUUUGUCUUGGGCCUCAGUCCCUCCACUGUGCUGAAGCUGCUGGAGAAAUGUCCCGAGCUGUACACUGUCAAAGAAUCGCAGCUUCAGCAGCGCAUAGUCAACAUGCGGAAACUGGGUUUAGCUGAAGGCAGCCUCCAGAGAGUGGUGUCCUAUUAUCCCCAGAUCCUCACUGUGCCUGUGAAGACAGUAAAAAGUGUGGUGAUGUUCCUCAGGGAGAAGUGCCUGUUUACCGUCCAGCAGGUCACAGACAUCCUCAGAGAUACUCCGGCAGUCGUACUGGAGAACAUGGAUCAGCUGGAGUACAAGUUUCAGUACGUCUACUUCCGAAUGGGUGUCAAACAGGCGGAGAUGGCGAAGUGCAGGUUGUUCCGUUUCACUCUGGAUGAGGUGCGCUGUCGACACUGUUUUCUGGAGCGCAGGGGCCUGUAUCAGACCCCAGACAAGAAGGGACAGACGCUCAUCAUUAACCCCAAACUGGAGAGCAUCCUCAGCGCUGACGAGGACACGUUCCUCCAACAUGUUGCCAAUGCGUCAGCGGAGGAGUACGAUGUAUUUAAGAGACUGAUGGCAAGAGAAUGGCAGGAAGAGGAGAAGCACUGGGGCACCGUUGAAGCUGAUAGUGACGGUGGCGAGGAAGAGGAAGUUGAAGACGAUGAGGAGAGUAGAGGGAGAGAUGGAUACAGGAAGAGGAGGAGAAAGAAAUGACAGAACACUAUGGGAAGGACUGGGUUUGAAGGAGGAAUUACAUGAUAAGAAAAUCUGAUGGUGAUAAACUAAUAAAAUGUUUCCUUUCA